AACGCCCCCCCUCUCUCCCCUCUAACAUCACCACCCUCAUCCCUCCUUGGCUCCCUCCAUCUCUGAUGGCUCUAUGGGGCGUCGUCAGUCUCAGCCUUCACUGCUGGGUGUGUUUACGUUCUGCAGUAACAGCAGCAGCAGCAACAGCCAGCCUCCCCAAUGACAAGCCUGGGGGCCCCCUGGACUGGCUCCUGUCUGAUAAAGGACCUUUCCACCACUCCCCAGAGUACAUCGACUUUGUGGAGAAGAACCGGCAAGGCUUCUCCACCAGAUACAAGAUAUACAGGGAGUUUGGGAGAUGGAAAGUGAACAACUUGGCAGUGGAAAGGAGAGAUUUCUUGGCGUCUUCGUUACCUCUGACUCCUGAGUUCAUCAGGAACAUUCGACUGCUGGGCCGCAGGCCCACCACCCAGAUGAUCACUGACAAUCUGAUCAGGAAGUAUGGGACUCACUUCCUGUUGUCAGCUACACUGGGAGGAGAAGAGGCCUUAACGCUGUUUGUGGACAAGAGGAAACUGAGUAAGAAAGCAGAGGUGAGCGAUUACUCGGGUAACUCCUCCACUGUGACUCUGGAAGCUCUGCACCAGCUGGCUGCCUCCUAUUUCAUAGACAGGGAGAGCACCCUGCGCAAGCUGCACCACAUCCAGAUCGCCUCCACUGCCAUCAAGGUGACAGAGACCCGCACAGGUCCUCUUGGAUGCAGUAACUAUGACAACCUUGACUCUGUUAGCUCCGUGCUGGUUCAGAGCCCUGAAAAUAAAGUCCAGCUGCAAGGCUUGCAGGUGAUCCUUCCAGACUACUUGAGAGAAAGCUUUGUGCAGGCUGCUCUCAGCUACAUAGCCUGUAAUGGAGAGGGUGAUUUUGUCUGCAAGGAAAACGAAUGUUGGUGCCAUUGUGACCCCAAGUUCCCAGAGUGCAACUGUCCCUAUAUGGACAUCCAAGCCAUGGAGGAGAGCCUGGAGAGGAUCACAGAGACAUGGGGGUUGCUGUAUAAAGAGUUUGAGGAAUCGGAUGAAUUCAAGGUAUUCUUUGCGAGGCUGCCCCAGAACCUUUUCCUGAACGUGUCAAGCAUCCAACACUUGUGGUCGAUGGACAACUUGUUCCAGUUGCGAUAUGAGCAGCUGGAGAACAGCAUGCGGGUCCUCUCCAAACGAGCCCAGAGAGUGAUCUUCAAGCUCUUCAGUCUCAGUAAAAGAUGUCACCGACAGCCCCAAGUCCGCCUACCAAGAGAACGGCCUCAGUCCUACUGGCUGAGUCAUUUGCAGUCCCUCCUGUAUUGCUCAGAGAAUAACCAGCUUGGUGCAUUCUCUGAGGAGCUCCAAAGCUGCAGCUGCCGAUACGAACACAGCCCCUGUCAGCUGCCUCCGCCCUGCUCUGUUGGGGAAGGCUCGGCCUGCGCAGCAUGUGCACCAGACAACCGCACCCGCUGUGGGAGCUGCAACCCUGGCUUCGUGCUGACGCAGGGGGCCUGCAGGUCCAUGGUGGCGGACUCUACGGAGAACUACCUGGGAUUUGAGACGGACCUCCAGGAUUUGGAGCUGGGCUACCUACUGCAGAGAGCUGACCGCAGGCUAGAGGUCCACGCGAUCUUCAUCAGCAAUGACAUGCGACUCAACAGUUGGUUUGACCCAUCGUGGAGAAAGAGGAUGCUGCUGACGCUGAAGAGCAACAAAUACAAGUCCAACAUGGUCCACAUGCUGCUGGGAGUAUCCCUCCAGAUCUGCCUUACAAAGAACAGCACCCUGGAGCCUGUCCUUACUCUAUACAUCAACCCCUUUGGAGGGAGCCACUCAGAGAGCUGGUACAUCCCUGUCAAUGAGAACAAUUUUCCAGACUGGCAGGCCACUAAACUGGACCUGCCUUUCGAGUGCUAUAAUUGGACUCUGACACUGGGUAACAAGUGGAAGACGUUCUUUGAAACCAUUCAUAUCUACCUUCGGAGUAGGAUAAAGACUCAAAGUGGAGUGAAUGACAGUAUGUAUUAUGAGCCUUUAGAAAUUACAGAUCCUGCUCGGAACCUGGGCUACAUGAAGAUCAACAGCAUCCAGGUCUUUGGCUACAGCAUGCACUUUGACCCAGAGGCGAUCCGUGACUUGAUUCUGCAACUGGACUACCCAUACACACAAGGGUCCCAGGACACUGCCAUGCUUCAGCUCUUGGAAAUACGAGACCGGGUGAACCGGCUGUCCCCUCCGGGUCAACAGAGGCUGGACCUGUUUGCCUGUCUUCUUCGGCACCGGCUCAAACUGACUGCCAGCGAGGUGGUUCGCAUUCAUGCCUCCUUACAGGCCUUCAGCUCACUUCUGCCCAAGUCGAUGGAUUACGAGACCACCAAGUUGUGCAGUUAACAGCUGCUUGAAGGGAUAUCUGGACUGUACAUGGCCUCUAGGAGAACUCCUGGACAUAAGAAUGGUGCCCAUUGUGGUGCAGAUGCUUACAGUUGUGUCUUUGUGGAUUACCAAGCUAAAUGAUAAAUCAGGAGAGAACCAGUCGUGGACAGCUGAAGAAUGUACUCACCUGGUUGUUUUGGUUUCUGUUUUGUGGCAACUACCUUCAGUUCUAUAUUAUAACGAAUGAGGUGGAUCAGCAAGAAAACGCACAACUGUUUGACAAAAACAAACUCUUUAACAAAAUAAUCCUACAGUAAAUUCAAAUACCGCUCCAUAAAAGUUGAACCAUCCUGUUUCAAUAUGACUCUGCUCAUUUAUACUGUAAGUACCAAUGCCAAAUGAAUGGACAUUUUAUGGUAAAAAUGGUACACUGUUUGUUUGUAACUUUUAUAUGUUCCUUUGCUUCAGUGACAGUGAACUUCCCAUGAAGACCAG